AUGUCUAGACAGUGCUGGGACCAUAAUCAUGCUCGUAGGCCUCGUAUGGAAGAGGUUGUAGAAAAAGUCUCAAUUAUCUGUAGAUUUCUAAAAGGUGCUGAUGAACCCAUCAACAACCCACCAUCAGACGACUCAAUGACUGACUCCUUCAGGUCACCUGGUAUUGGUUCUAGUGAAUGCCACACAAGCCGGGAUGUUAGCAACUUAUCAACUUUACCUAAUGAGGUAAUACCCCCAGCAUGGGGAAGCUGUGGUAGUGAAAGAGCAUACCCUGUUGCUGAGACUGGUAGCAAUUCACCUCAACGACCUCCACCUGCUAUCAGCCCCAAUGUUUCAGGGACAGUUGUUGUUGGAGGGGAGAAUCUUCCCUCACCGUAUAGCUCAGGCCAUAGUGAGGAAAUGGAACCAUUAGUUAUAAUGAUUCCCAAUACAGAGCCUCCUAACAGAACAGACAUAACUGUAGCACCUUCACCACUGAAACCUGGGCGAUCUUUUUCCAUCAUUCAGCCUCCUAUUGGAACUGCUGGGGCAAUCAGCCCACCACCUGUUACAAUGCGGCUUACUCCAUGUGACCCUCAGGCAAGCAUACGAAGGAGAUCAGCUGAAGUUUCUCCUCAGGCUACGUCAUACAGAGAAGGCAGCCAUCAUGGAACAGAAGGAGGGAAGGAGGAGCAUUACAUCGCUAACUUAGAGAGCAUGAUGUUGACAGAAGCAAGCCACAGAAGAUCUUCCUCCAAUGGCUCUCUGGGGAAUAAAGUGGAUGCUGGAGAAGGAGGGUUCUUGGGGUACAAGGAAGGGGGAGCUCCCACUACUGAAUAUCAGAUCCCAAAUUACGAGAUGGACCCCAACAUGAGGGCUCCAGGUGGAAGCUUGGGCGGGGUUGAGAACGCCCUCAAGUACCGAGAUUUUCCCACCCUCACGACACUCAUCACGCCUACGAACUCUGUAUCUUCCUCUCUCGCACCCACACACCCAGCACCUUCAUCACACACAUCCACACACCCACUAUCUUCUUUGCAUAGGACCACACACCCAGCACUUCCGUUACUUACAAACACUCAUCCAUCCUAUACCCCGACCAUACACCCUCCGCUUCCUUCCCCAUCCCUGGGGUCCUAUCAGACGCCAAUACCAACCCCUAUUUUCACACCCAUUCCACGCUCAUCCCCCUCCUCGGCGCCCAUAGCCACGUCAAGUUCCAUGUCCUGGUUAAGGCCACCCUACCUUUUCGUCAGGUCGAAGAGUGAUGGCAGAGGUCACAUUGGUGAAGGAGGAGGUGGAGGGGGAGGUGGGUUAUGUACUGAAGGUGGAGUUGCAGAUGACAAAGAACUUGGUGCCUACUGGGAGUUGCUAGACAGCGAGUUACGGCCCAUCGAGCCUGUGCUUUCUUGUCCAGAAUCUCUCAGCAUCUUCUCUGAACACAAGGAGAUGGCCAAGAAGUACCUCAUUUUGCAGCAAGAAAUAUUCAACUUGCAACAUAAAAAGGGUGUUCUGGAAGAGAAGUUAUCUCAGGCUGAGAAACUCGAACAUUUGGGUAAUCAGAGGUAUCAAGAUAAGAUCAGAGAACUUGAAAACAAAAGGGAAAAUUUGCGGCGUACUCGCAGCAAACUUCGACAGCAACUUGAACAGAUCUGCAUGAGGCAAGAAGAGCAACAGCAGAGGCAGAACCAUCAGGAGGAUGUCACUGGUGAUGGUAUAAGUCACAAUCAUCCUCUUUCACCACCAUGAGUCUGAUCAGGAGUCUGACAUACUCUUGCCCCAUCCCCAUUGGCAUUCUCAGGCUAUGAACGUUUGAGUGUUCCUCGUGCUUUGCAAGGAGAUUGCUGUAGAUAUCAGAAAUUCAAACACAGUAAUUUUGGACACCAUCAAUGUAUAGACUUGAAGGACUUGAUGCCAAGCGUGAUAAAGCCUAAUUUCAAUAGAAAACCAUCUGAUUGAUAAAUUUCAUGAUAUUUUUUGUCAGAUUUUUUAGCAUACAUUUUGUGAAAAAAUGAGCAAGUUCGAUUUUUGGUAGUGACUGAGGUAUUACUGGCUAAAUACAAAAAAACCAUUCCAAGUAAACUGCAUUUGAAACCUGGAGUGAAUUUUUUGGCAGUAGUAAAGGUCCCUUUUGUUGAACAAUAUCCUACUUCAGUUAUAUGUUGAGACAAUGCAGGCUUUUUAGCAGCUAGAGUGAGAUGAUCUACUUUGGGAUUCAGGUUUAUGUACAAAAUUGUUCAGUGAAUAAUAAUGUCUGUACAGAAUUUUCAAAGUUUUACUGAUGUCAUGGUACUAAUUUGGGAAAUUACUUGCAAAAUUUAAUUUGGAUCCUUUAUUUUGGAGUAUAAUUUAUAAUCUUCAUAUAAUUUUAUUUAAAAAAAACGUCUUAAUUUUCACUGGAGUUAUCCAAUUUAUUUGGUUUUAAAAUGAUUGUCGUCCAAAUGUAAUGAACUUUAACGGACAUCCUUCCAAAAUCAGAUGUUUCUGUUGGAUGUUAUUAUACAGCAACAGUUGGACAGACUUGUCUUUACUGAAAGUAUCUUUGAGUAUUCAUUAUUGUAUAAUUAUGAGACAUUUUCAUAUUCACUUUAUCCGUGGUGUACUUGUCCGCAAAUAAUUUUACAUUUAGAUUUUGUUGAAUUAUGAAAGAUAUCUUUCCAGUUUCUGUAGAUUGUACCAUACCACUUUGCAUUUAUCAAUUUUAUAAACUUUUGUAGACUUCAGUAUUCAUUCUUAUGUUGGAUGUGAUUGCAUAAUUUCAAAUACUUUACAUCUGAGUACUGUAUUUAUAUUUACUGUUGAUGUAACUUAUUUUUAAAUAUUUACUUUUGCCAACUUUUUAAGUAGACUGAAUAUCAUGUAUUAUGGGUCAACAUUAUUUUUAUCACUUUCACUCUUUGAAGUUAUAGAGUGAUAUAAUUCUUUUAAAAUUUACCAACUGGGUUAGUCUUUUGAAUAUAUUAUUGUUGGUCUAAAUCAUCAGAGAACUAAAAUACUGAUGUCCUAUUUAAAAGUAUUGUAGUCAUAUGUAUUCAAUGGUCAGCGGAGUAUUGAAACAAAUGAAUCUCUUGGGUUUAUUUGACACUGUCUUUGUUUCUAUAACAAGAUUUUUCCACCAAGAGAAUUUCUUGUAUUGGGUAUUGUAUAAUUAAAGACUUAGCUAGGCAGCAGUUAAUGAUUGUUCUGUGAUAUAAUUUGACAUAUAAAAAGACAUUUCUUUUUUAUGACUGAUAAAAUAGCAGUCAUUUAUCUUUGUAAGUCAGAGAAAUAUUAAGAAGCUAGUCAUAUUCAAGUGUAUUUCUGUGCAUUGGUGCAUUUUUUACAGUUCUGAAUUACUAUAUGGUGGAAAAAAAGUUCUAGAGGGUCAGUACUGUCAGUCAGAAUGAGGUAUUUUCAGAUUCAGUCUGUUAUGAUAAAUUUUGUUAUCCUAUUUGUGAUUAUACUGAAACUUUAUGGUAAGUUGCUUAUAAACUAUUAUGGUAAGUUGCUUAUGGGUUAUCGUUUUAUACAGACAUUUUCAUAAUUUUAUAACAGAUUUAGCUCUCAACAGUUGUCUUUUUUCAUCAUGAAAGUGCCUCCUGCAGUGAUUAAUGUGCAUGUGUAUGAAUGUGCCUUGAAUGAGUUUAUGUCAUAUGGCAGUAGGUAUUUUAGACAUUUUAUAACAAAGUUUGAUUAUUCUGAAGUUUCUUGACAAAGAUCAAUGACUGAUCAAUGAUUGGUUUAAUAAUGUAAAUGGCAGCUUUAUAAUUGUAUGUAAUAUAUGUAAAUAUUGAUUAUGAAUUUUAUAUGUUUAAUGAAGAAAACUUAGUAAUAUUGA